UGACUGACAAACGUUUGACUCGAACCAAAUCAUGGAUCGUUCGCUACUCAUAUUAUACGGUUCUGAGACGGGAUCUGCGCAGGAUGUGGCUGAGAAUAUCGGACGACAAGCUCGCCGACGUCGAUUUCGCAUAAGAGUGCUUGCGAUGGACGAUUAUGACAAAUUGCAACUUGUAAACGAAAAGCUAGUGAUUUUUGUAUGCUCUACGUCUGGCCAAGGCGACGAACCCGCCAAUAUGAAAAAAUUCUGGCGGUUCUUACUCAGAAAGAAUCUGCCUCACGAUAUCCUGAGUCAUUUAGACUGUGCUGUAUUUGGCUUAGGAGAUUCAUCGUAUCGCAAAUUUAAUUACCCGUCCAAGAAAUUGUACAAGCGACUCACACAAUUGGGCGCCAAUAUGCUUUGUGAGCGAGGCGAUGGUGAUGAUCAGCACUACCAGGGAGUUGAUGGAGGGUUAAGUCCUUGGUUAAAGGACCUUUGGCAAAACAUUAUGAGGAAGUACCCGUUGCCCAUGGGUACAGAAUUGAUACCGGACGAUGUAUUGUUACCACCUUCUGUUCGCAUAGAAUUUUUAUCAGGCGACGGGAAGGACAGAAUGGCUUCAUUUGUGCAACAACAAAGAGAACCAGGAGAAUACGAUCUGAUUGUCAAACAAAACCAGCGAAUAACGGCAGAAGAUCAUUUUCAAGAUGUGCGACACGUUAUUCUUUCUGAUCCAUCCGAGCAGCUUGCGUAUGAACCAGGAGAUGUCGCGGUUAUCACACCCAGGAAUAUUCCCCAAGACGUAGAUGCUUUCCUGGAGCUGAUGGGAUGGACAGAGUAUGCCGAUCGUCACUUGCAGCUGCAUCCUGCUCAAGACCACCAGAUUCCGACUCAUUGGCCGUCGGUGAUGACUUUUCGCGAUCUUUUUGUGAACUGUCUCGACAUUUUUGGAGUACCACGACGAUCUUUCUUUGAAAUGCUGGCAUAUUUUACCAAAGACGAGAAUCACACCGAGAGAUUACGCGAAUUUAACACUCCAGAAGGAUUGGAUGAUAUGUGGGCUUAUUGCCAGCGACCUCGACGAACCAUCGCCGAAGUGCUAUUUGAUUUCAAGCCAGUGGAUAUCCCUUUCGAUUAUAUGCUUGACCUUUUCCCUCCUCUGCAACCACGUUCGUUCUCAAUCGCUUCAAGUCUCAAGGCUCAUCCGAAUGAAAUUCAUCUUUGUGUUGCCAUUGUCAAAUAUAAAACCGUGCUUCGAAGGAUUCGUCGUGGUGUUUUGACAAAGUGGUUGUCCAGUUUACAGCCCGAAGAUACAAUUGAGCGUAUACGCAUCGCCAAAGGCACCAUGAAACUUCCUCCCUCUUCCGACAUACCAUUGAUUGCGAUCGGUCCAGGCACCGGUAUUGCGCCCAUGCGAUCAUUUAUAGAAGAGCGAAUUAAGAAUAACGCCAAGGACAACGUUUUGUUCUUUGGAUGUCGCUAUAGAGAUAAAGAUUAUCAUUACAGGGAAGAAUGGGAAAAGUAUGUAGCAGAUGGAUCGCUUACGGUAUUUACAGCGUUUUCCCGAGAUCAGGAGGAAAAACUAUAUGUCCAGGACCGUAUCCGCGAGAAUGCAUCAUUGGUGUGGUAUUUGAUCGAUAAAUGUCAAGCCAAAGUGAUAUUGUCAGGUUCGGCCGAUAAAAUGCCGAAAGAGGUUGCUUACGCAUUCAAACAAGUAUUCAUGUCGCAAGGGGGACUUGAUGCAGCAGCAGCAGAGGAGUAUUUUGACAAGAUGAGCAAAACAGGACAGUAUCAAGAAGAAUGUUGGUCAUAAUAAUAGCUAUAUGAAUUUUUGUACAAAAAGAUAAAUACAAAUCAUGGAGCCUCUAGAAUCGAUAACGUGCUCGUCGGGCACAGAUGAGAAACUCUUUAGGUUCAGUUGUUGUAUCGUGGUACCCCAAGGGACCAAUGUCGCAAUCGGCACACGAUAAGUAUUUGACCGGUCCUACUGCUUUUGAGAAGCCGACGUUUUCGAAAUCCAUCAUAUUCGUUACUCGCCAAAAGUGAAUUUCGUUGGCGUCAUCUGCCAAGGGACCGACGUUAUCUGGCAGAACAUUAUCAGGCAAAGAUAA